CCGAGCCCACAGCGCGCCGAGUUCCCGCUCGGAGGAAGGGUGCCAGGCGCUCUGGGCACCCCACCCUCCAGGAGUUGGCUUCCAGCAGGCCUGGGCUGCGUCCUUCAGAUCCUGAGCUCACUGAACAGUAACCCCCAAGGACUGUUUGUGCUGGUGCCGUGUGAACUCUCGUGAUAGUUAGCCAGCAGCUGUGUUUGAGCAGCCUUGCUUGGAAGAAAGAAAAUGGCUUGUAUUGAGUUUUCUUUUCAUGUGCCAAGUCUGGAGGAGCUUGCUGAAGUUUUGCAGAAGGGACUGAAGGACAACUUUGCUGAUGUCCAGGUCUCUGUGGUUGACUGCCCAGAUUUAACAAAGGAGCCAUUUACCUUUCCUGUAAAAGGCAUCUGUGGGCAAACUAGAAUUGCAGAAGUAGGAGGUGUGCCUUACUUAAUGCCUCUUGUAAACAAAACAAAAGUUUAUGACCUAAAUGAGAUUGCAAAAGAAAUAAAGCUGCCUGGAGCUUUUAUCCUUGGAGCAGGGGCUGGUCCAUUUCAGACACUUGGAUUCAAUUCUGAGUUCAUGCCAAUUGUUCAGACAGCAAGUGAAAACAACCGUCCUGUGAACGGAAGCUACUUUGCCCGAAUUAACCCUGCAGAUGGAGGGUGCCUGCUGGAGAAGUACAGCCAAAAAUAUCACGAUUUUGGAUGCGCACUACUGGCUAAUCUUUUUGCCAGUGAGGGCCAACCUGGCAAGGUCAUUGAGGUGCAAGUCAAGAGAAGAACGGGCCAACUUAAUUUUGUGACUUGCAUGAGGCAGACUCUGGAGAAGCACUAUGGAAACAAGCCUGUAGGAAUGGGAGGCACCUUCAUUGUGCAGCAGGGGAACGUCAAGGCCCACAUCAUGCCCGCAGAGUUUUCGUCCUGCCCAUUGAACUCAGAUGAAGCUGUUAAUAAGUGGCUGCAUUUUUAUGAGAUGAAAGCUCCUUUAGUUUGUCUACCAGUUUUCAUCUCCAAAGACCCGGGGCUUGACUUGCGGCUGGAGCACACUCAUUUCUUCAGUCGUCACGGAGAAGGUGGACAUUACCACUAUGACACUACCCCAGACACAGUGGAGUAUCUCGGCUACUUCUCACCCGCACAGUUCCUCUAUCGCAUUGAUCAGCCCAAAGACACCCAUGCAUUUGGGAGAGAUUAAAGCAGCUGAUGCUUGCUUAGAAGAAGCAGUGAUUGGCUAAGGUUAAUUCACUAACGCAGGAGCUGAUACUAAUUCAAAAAAUCCAGGACAGGGACAGGGAGAGAGUGCUUCCCUAGCAAGCUUAACCCCAGCUUAACCCCCGGCACAGAAGAAAAACAGUAAGAGUAACUCCACUAUGCAAACAUUUUAUGGCAUUUGAAAUGCAGGGAUAUGGAUACGUGAUACGCAUAAUUCCUUCAUCUUCUUGUGAAGGAGAUUAUUGGGAACAGGAAUACCUAAUUAGGCAUACCUCUUGGCUCCUCCUUAAACCUCAACCUCAUGCCAGGACCCCACCAUGGACUUGGCAGGAUGAUGGAGGAAGGGUGGGAAUCCAAACACCUGUGUGUUACUCUUCCCAAUAUAACUACAUUCAAGAAAUCUUUUUAUAUUUUUCAAAAAAAGGACACUAUUGCCGUGUGAUGGUGGUUAGUGUGUGGUGAUGAUGGUUCGAAAACUCCUUGCUAUUCUGUACUAUAGAACCUGCGAUCGUUAUCCAGAAAUCAAUUCUCCAUGAUAAUGUUGACAAGGUGUGGGUCCCGGAACUCCUUAGAACUAAGCCAUAAAUGUUCUGAUUCUUUACUUUGUAAUGCACAUGACUUGUGAGUAUAAGUCCCCAAAUUAUUUUUAAAUAAACAUGCUUUUGAGGCAAAACUGAAUAAAAUCAUAUUUAAUGUGA